CCUCUCCGACAGCAGCGCAGCCCACGCAGCAUCACCGCAUGCCCAGAGCCCCAUCGUUGUCGUCGUCCUUGCCAAGCGCAUCGCCAGUGGCAGCUGCAGUGGAGCUAGCCAUCGGCGACGAACCGGCCUGUUCGUUCGAAGGCACUACGCUACGAGCCGGCCGGCGAGCUGUCAACGGCGCUUCGUGGCCGCUCCCGCCGCCUCGGUCUACGACGCACGGCCAGUGUUGUCGCCCCUUUGUGUUUGGGUGCUUGGGUAUACCAACUACACCGACAUGUAGCAGACAGACGGUGCACCGAAGCGAGGCCAAGGCUCCUCCGCGACUCGGCGGACCGCCCACCGCAUGGUGUGAUGACUGUUGCGGUGUUGCAGCCGACUCGCAAACGAGCGACACCCUCCCAACUCUCGUGUGGUGCCCGCGUGAGUGUACGUCUUACGAGUUCCCGGCAAGCAGCGCUAUCGGAAGCAAGUGCGCCGCCGUCACGCGACGACGACCUGACGUGUUUACCUGCCCUAAGACGACGCACGCGGAUACACCGAUCUCGCGUGCCGCUGCACGAGAUGCGCCUCUUCCCCCCAUUUCCUUCGGAGGCAGGUGCGCGUUUGUGACUGUUCGAACCACACCGUCGCCGUAAGCCCCGUCAUUAUUGUGUGGAUGUGUACCUGUGCGCGUGCGGAGUCGUAACAUUGCGUCAAUCAGUGUUGGUCAGUCGUCCGCCGGCCCCAGUUUUAACGCGAAUUUCGCCGCACUUGGUCUGUACUGUGUCAGUCGGCGGAUGUGCACGCGCUCGAGCCAUCGUCGUGGAAUACGUGUGCUCUGUGAGUAGACACUUAACCGUGCUAUUCCGCAAUCUCCGAUUGACUCUAUCGGGACGAUAGCUUCGCUUAUUGCGUUAUUCGGCGCGUCGAGUGUCAACGUAGUCAUCGUGCGGCCAGGCGAGGAGCGUUCCUUUCUGCCAGCUCGAGGGCUUUCAAUCCUGACCACCAUCACCGCCUAUGCCUAAGCCGAGACUGCAUGCCUCGCACAGAGAGCACAGGGAACAGGGAGAGAGUAGUCUGGAGAAGAAGUCGCCAAAAGAUCCGCACCGCCACCAUCACCAGAAAAAGACAGAUGUCAAGGAUAAGGCGGCCGUCUUAGUGCACGAAACUUCAAGUCGCGGCCAAAGUCUGCUGGGCGGCGCCAUCAGUGGUCCCACGCGUUCGGUACACGAUUGCUGCGGCACCUACACAGUGCAGUAUGUGAGCGGUGGAGUGCGAAGACAAGCUGAACUGAAAGUACCCGUGCUUCAGCUCAUGGACGUUAUUGCAGGAGAAAUUAGAGUCAUGACGAGUUCACAACUGCCAGGAGAGGACUCCAAGGCAAAGCAGCAAAAUGCAGCUCCUGUGUGCUUGAAGCAUAAAGUGCCUGCAGCUAGCGACACGAAGCCCAUUCCUGUCAGAGUGACGCGGAAUCAUUCGCCUCCAUUCUGCAAAGCUGGCCUAGCUUGCAAGAGGCUGCAGAAGAAAGUUGCUCCAAAAGAAAACAGGUUGCAAGCUCUGCAACAACAGGAGAUCUAUGAAGAUGUUUCUGAUGUUCCACUGGAAGAGUACUGUGAUGCAAGUGGUAGUGCAGACUCCACACAAGCUAAUGUAUCAACGGGUGCAGCUGUGAAUAAACCGUGCCAACCUCCACAUAAACAGCACAAGGGUGCACCAUUAGAAAAGGGUGCAGCUGUGAAUAAACCGGGCCAGCCUCCUCACAAAAAGCACAAGGGUGCACCGUUAGAAGACUAUGAGGACAUCUCUGACACGCCUCUCGAUGAGUAUGACCCCUCGGAUAAGCCGGUCCAAUCUGCAUCUGUUGCCGAUGUCACAAAUGGAAAAGUGGCUAAGGCUCAUGGCAAAAUCGUCGGAUCGAAGCCUGGUGAUAGCACAAGCAAAAAAUUGGCUCCAAGCAGCAAAGUCUUGGUGAAUAAGGCUGAAAAGAAGGGACCUCCAGAAGCACAGAGUUCCGUCAGAACAUCAGCUGCAGAAGUGCAGCCAAAUGAAGCGAAGUCAAAGCUCACUAGCAAGCCAAGUGCUUCCUCGGCUUCUGGCAAGGACAUGGUCGAAAAGAGAGCAGUUAAACGACCUGGAAUGCCAUGCAAGGACCAUGACACUAAACGAGUGAAAAUUGAUGCAGAUGCAGCUGAAGACAAGACUGAACCGGGGGCUGGCACUGCCCAGAAAAGCAACAGCGGCUCAUCACUCACCAAGAAAGCAUCACUAGCCAAACCAGCAAGCAAACUAUCACCUUGUGCCAAGAAUAUCACAGCAACAUGUGGCUUAAAAGAAACUUCUACAACCAAGUUAAAGGUUGGUGUAACUGAAACAGUAGCAAAAAUUAACACUGCUACCUCUAGUGUUGAGAAAAAAAACUGCCUGCAAGCAUUGAAUAAGGCAGAACCAGACAACCUAGUGAAGAAACCAAUGUCUUGUGGCAAGAGCAGUUCUGAUGUUUCUACUAGCAACAUUUCUAGAAAAGUUCAUGUAUCAUCCGCUCCUAAAACAGCUAAGGAUGUGACUGAGACAAAGGUCAAGCAUGCUAGUGAAGGUGCCCAUGGAAACAGCACUCCGUCAGUAACUAAGAAAGUGUUGCCAAGUAAACUAGAGAAGAAACCAGCAUCUUCCAUGAAGGGCAACUCUGACAUUCCAGCAUGCAAGUCUAGCUGCUCAAGCACCCCUACAAAAGACUCGAUCACUGCAAAGAUUGUUAAAAGUGUGACUGGAGAAAAAGUCAGUCCAUCAGUUACUAAGAAGGCACUGCCAAGCAAGCCAGUGUCCUCUCACAAAGGAAGUCUAGAUGUGGCCAAGUCUAGUAGCCAAAGCAUUUCUACAAAAGCUGCGUUGUCUACUCCGAAGCCUGUUAACGAUAAAGCAAAAGUGAAGCCUGUUAACGAUUCAGCAAAGUUGAAGGUUAGUUCUAGUACGCAUGUUUCAACAAUGGCAAAGGAGGCAUCAAGCAAACUUGCAAAGAGACCUGUGUCCUCUGCCAACACCACCUCAGAAGCAUCUGCGGCUGCAUCCACCAAGGCUUUGAAAUCUGCAAAAGAAACGCAGAGUUCUGACACAGCAGCCAAAGUUGAUAAAAAACCUCAGUCUGAUCUGAAAUCCGAGCACAUAAAACAUGCCAAUGAUUCUGGGUCGUUCUCGAACAAGGGGGCUGUUAAAAAUGUAAAUGCAAGUGGGAGCAAAACGAAGCAAUGCAGCAGGACUGUGGCACCUGCCAAGGACACUCUGGAAAGGAAGCCACCAACGUGUUCUGCCAGCAGCACUGAAGUCAAAAUCAGCCGUUGCAAGCUCUUCAGCAAGCGAAAAUCCCCAGAACGUUCAUCCAGUUCACAAAUUCAAGCAGCAGCCGGAAGGCUUAAAAGUGCUCCAGAGUGCGACGGGAAUAAGCAACAGGGCACACCUGAAACUCUGGCAGCUAAACAAACUGAGCAGGUACCAAAAGCAGUGAAGACACAGCCAACAGAAAGCACUGAAUCUUCUCUUAGUGUCCCUGACAGCGCCAAAACUACUUCACCGUCCAGCACUUCUAAGGGGCUCUGUGAAAGCAAAAUACAGAAUUGUCACUCAUCGAAUAUCCUCAAGGUUAACGCUGCAGAAGUAACGGGAGAACAGAGUAGUUUGCAGCACUACACAGUGUACAAAGCUUCACCUAAAGCCACAGAAGUGCUAACCGAAGCGGUUGCACCAACGAAAGACCAUGUAAGCAAGGGGCCCACCAGUGACAUUGCAGACACUGUUUCAGAAACUGCACCAUAUGGCACUGACAGUACAGACAAGGAUAAAAGUUAUCUGCAGAACUCUUGCGUGCCUGCAGUGCAAGAAGUGCUGGCUGAAGCCCUAGAUCAAAACGCUACCCUUGUUGUAGCUUCUCAGGAUGUUGAAGCACAUGUCGCUGGUUGUGUGGAAGACUUGGACAUUGGUUCAGAAGUGAAAUGCCAAGAUGCCUGUCCAGCUAAAAACGAGUCGACCAUUCACCAAGAUGAUGGACACAAGCUGCAACAAGACCCAAGUGACACUGCUGGCCAGUCACAAAAAUUCACAGUGCUUACUGCUACUCCUGACGGCACAUUCCCUGGUGAAUCUACAGUCAAUUCCACGUACCAUCCAUUUGGCCAGCAAGACAAAAACACUUCACAGGUGGUUCAUGAUGUUGCAGGUUUAUUACAUGAACCAGGCAAUACUGAAGAAGAACAAGACAGUGCCUUGGCAAGAAUCAGCACCUCUCCUGCACCUUUGCAAAAGGGCCUCUUUCAAGCAGAAUGCUGCACUCUUCCAUCCACAAAGAUGGAUGUGGAUCCUCCAACCAAAACAGAAUUUAAUGCAGGCUCCUUACCUGAGCAAAGCAGUGUCAAACACGCACAAGAUGGCAGCAGCGUUUCACCACCAAAUAAGACAGGUAGUGAUGCGCUUGUCUUGAGAGAAUGUGACAAGGCUCGUGAUGUGCUCUUGGAAGGUGCUAGUCCCCCAAGUCCUGCUGGUGACAUGCCAGCUGGCACCACACGUGAUAGUGAAAUGCCUUCCAGUGUCAUGCAAAAGGGCCUCUUUCAGACAGAAUGCAGCACUCUUCCAUCCGAAAAGAUAGAUGUCGAACCUCCGGCUAAGACAGAAGUUAGCGCAGGCUCUUUAACUGAGCAAAGCAGUGUCAAUCAUGCACGAGAGGGCAGCAGUGUUUCACCAGCAAAUAAGACAGGUAGUGAUGCGCUUGUCGUGAGAGAAUGUGACAAGGCCCAUGACGCGCUCCUAGCAGGUGCUAGUCCCCCAAGUCCAGCUGGCACGACACAAAGUGAUGGUGAAAUGCCUUCCAGCGUCGGUCAAAGUGACUCACGAGACACAGAUUUGGGCACAACUUCGUCACAGGACCCAGCAAGUAACUCUUUUGGUGCGGACAAACAAGGUGCACAUGGUGUGAACAGCAGCACACGUCUGGCUAGUCAAGCUGGUCUUCAGCAGAUAGACCAAAAAAGGGUCGCUUUAUUACCAAAACCUCUCUGCGAUGCCAAAGUGGCGAAAGAAGUUUGUGACAGUGCACCGCUUGAAGUAUGUGAAAGCAGUGCCAACAAAGUGCCAAAAACAACUAUAGUAGCUACGUUGAAGCUUAAUGGUGAAGUGGCUAUGGGCACUGAAAAUCGUGACAGCUGCAGCAGCAUAGCUGCCAGAGGCAGUUUCCAAGAAUCGGAAGAACCAACAUCAAGCCCAAUCCUUCCUCAGCAGGACGAUGCAGCCGAAUACUUGUCACCAAGGCCAACUGGUGAAAAAGAAAACAAUGAAAAAUGCAUUGGAACCUGCCAUCCUGCAACUGAUAAGGUCCUACGACAGCCAGCAGAAGAUUCUGGUGCAGUUUUUCAAGAAGAGGAGUGGAUCUCCGACACAGUCGCAGAGCUGCCACAAAAGUUGCACGGUGAAGUUGCUGACACAAAAAAUGAUAGCAAUGAAGGUUGCAAGAAUAGUGAUCAGGUUCAAGCCCAAAAACCAAGCACAGCCUCUUCUCCCAUGAUCGAAUUGGGUUUAGCCGUGUCCCAACGGCUGCUUGACACCACAGUAGGCGGCGGUUCCGACAGCGAUCACCAGCAAAAAGAGGCAUUGAAAAAUGCUCUGGCUCAAGAACCACAGGGCAAUGUUAUCAGUGCAGCAUCGUCGCUGAGACCCGAUACUGAUGGCGAGAAGAGUGAUGGUGGAAACGCCUUUCCAGCCAGCAAGAGUGGGUCUCAGCAUAGCAGAUAUCAAGAGCUCACAUAGCAAGUGCUCAGAUUAACACUGGACCAAGCAGGGGCAACACCAAGCCAAGCCAUCGUAGUGAUGCAUUGUCAACCAAUGGAAUCAGUUCCACUCAGGUGGCAGACACUUCCUCAACCGAUGAAACUAGCUCCGCACAAAUGACAGACUCUUCGGAAGAACCAGAAAAUGUCCCCGAACAUGGCAUUGCAGUCGUAAGUGACCAUGAUGCUGCAGUGUCC